AUGUCGCACCAGCACCAGCAGCAGUUCCAGUUCCCACUUCAGGCUCAACAAACCCAUCCUGCUACAGCUGCUCCCGUGCAAUCAAACGCAGCACCAUCUUCAUCCUCGUGGAUCUCCGACCACUAUUCUCUGUCCCAUACAGAGUCUGCAGAACCUUCGUUUUCUGGAAACAAUACCGACAUGUUUCGAAGCUCUUCUCCUUUGCUUUCUUUCCAGUAUUCCUCUUCCCCUUUUCCCAGCGGACCGGUAGGCUCCGCCACAGAUCCUCCGGCAGCAGGACUGCUGGCACCGAUAGUCAUCACAGCAGCCCCAGCAGUCUCGCUUGUGGCUCCGAGACCUGUGCGUGCACGGCGUCACCAGAAAUCCAUCAUAGCUGUUGAGGCUUUUGUUCCGCAACUGCAACCUUCACCAGCUAGCACCAAUAAUGAUCCUACCAUGAUAGUUCAGGGAGGGCCGUUUUUCGAGCCGCAGCAGUACCAGCAACCACAACCACAACCACAACCAUCACAACCACAAAUCCAGAUGCAAACUGCGGGCAGUAAUAGUAGUAGAUUAAACGAACAGCAUAACGUGGUAUGUAGCGAACUGGCGCAGUUAACGAUCAACAGUUCCCAACGAGGGAAGAUAGAACGGGUGGGACCUGGUAACGCCGUUACGCGUACUCAUGUGCGUGCACCGUCUGCAGAAUUUGCAGACGAAAUACCUUUCCCCAGUUUUUCAAGCACCAGCACAGAAUACGCAGACGGAUCUUCAGGAACCAGCAGUAGUAGCAACAGCAUUAACAACAACAACAACAACACUAAUAAUAUUACCAGCACAAUAGCGGCACCCAUAACCCCAAUAUCUACAGGACUAAAUACCGGCCGACGGCGGGCCACUACACACUCUCGGUCUCGGUCCCGUAAAGCUUCACUGCUUGAGCACUGGGAUAUUCAAAACAUCAGGCUGAGCGGCCAGGAUCUCGUAGGAUCUACAGACGUGUCACUUUUUCUUCCCGCAGACCUUGGGCCACCUCCACAGACACCUGAAAGAAGAAUUGGCUUCCACCACCGGACAGGAUCCGGUGUUGGUGCCGGCGCGGGUGUGGUAGGCGCGGGCCCCAGUGAAGGUCUGCAUGUGCAGACAAGUGACUUGGCACAGUUGCAGCCGAUGCAGUUGUACUCGCCGACCAGUGAAGCUGUGGCCGAACUGUUCCAGAUUAUGCGCCACACAAGCUUAGCCGGGAACAAUGGUGUUGGAUCAUCAUCUUCUUUGCUAGCACCCGCUGCUGCCCCUGCAUCUUUUUCUUCUUCUUCUGGUGCGUGGGGGUGCUGGCCCGGUACUGGUAAUGGGUACGAAGGCUACGGGGAGCCUGGGUUCCGUCAUUUGCGCACACCUUCUUCUUCUUCUUCUUCUUCUUCAUUGUCAUCGAAUUUUGUCGGGUACAAUUCGUUUGCCAUGACUUCCAAUACCAAUUCUAGUAAUGUCAGUGGCUAUGGAAACAGUUUUUGGUCAAUGUCAUCUGCACAGUCCGGGUUUGUGCCACCGUCGCCCGUGUCGCGCACGUCGCGUAACCCGAUUGUGGAAAACGAUGCGUUCCAGGCCGGUCUUGGAGGCGCACCGUCUGCUCCCACAGCCGUGGGUGGGGGCAUUGGUGGCUUUUCGUUUCCUUCUUAG